AUGGCACAGCUGCUUGUACCACCAGGUGUAGACAGCUUCCGCCCCUUUAGUCGUGAGUCCCUCAAAGCUAUUGAGAAGCGGAUUGCAGAGGAGAAGGCCAAGAAGCCCAAAGGGGAGAAGAAAAAACGCAACAAUGACAGCGAGCUUAAGCCAAGCCGUGACCUGGAGGCGGGCAAAUCCCUCCCUCUGCUGUACGGGGAGGUUCCUAAAGGUUUGGUGUCGACACCGCUGGAGGACCUGGACCCCUACUACUGUAAUCAGAAAACUUUCAUAGUGUUAAACAAAGGAAACUUCAUCUACCGCUUCAACGCCGCUCCUGCCUUGUACCUCCUGAGCUCCUUCAACCUAUUAAGAAGAAUAUCAAUAAAGAUUUUGGUACACUCAUUGUUCAACAUGGUGAUCAUGUGCACUAUUCUCGCCAACUGUGCAUUUAUGACUCUGAGUCAACCGCCGCACUGGGCAAAGAAUGUAGAGUACACAUUUACUGCAGUGUAUACCUUUGAAUCCCUCAUUAAAAUUUUAGCUCGUGGGUUUUGCAUAGGGAAGUUCACAUUUCUAAGAGAUCCCUGGAACUGGCUGGAUUUCAGCGUCAUUGUCAUGGCGUAUGCAACAGAGUUUGUAAAGAGUUUGGGCAACCUCUCUGCUCUUCGCACAUUCAGAGUGCUGAGAGCCUUUAAAGCUAUCUCAGUUAUCCCAGGUCUGAAGACCAUUGUUGGUGCGCUGUUCCAGUCGGUGAAGAAGCUUGCUGAUGUAAUGAUCCUCACUGUCUUUUGCCUGAGUGUCUUCGCCCUCAUAGGAUUACAACUGUUUAUGGGCCAUUUAAAGAACAAGUGUAUAAAGACCUUAACAAAUGAUACUUUCACAACAAAUGACACUUUCACAUCAAAUGAGACCAUGAUAAAUGGAACAAAGCAGAACAACACUUUCAGAUGGGAAGACUACGCGGCAGAUAGGCGUAAUCAUUACAUAAUUCCAGGCAAACGUGACCCAUUGCUUUGUGGGAACAGCAGUGAGGCUGGGCAGUGUCCAGAGGGGUACACUUGCAUCAAAUUUGGAAAGAAUCCGGACUAUGAUUACACAAGCUUUGACUCAUUUGGUUGGGCCUUCCUCUCCCUGUUUCGACUGAUGACACAGGAUUACUGGGAAAACCUUUACCAGCAGACGCUGCGGGCUGCAGGGAAGCCCUAUAUGAUCUUUUUUGUGCUGGUGAUAUUUCUCGGGUCCUUCUACCUGGUCAACCUGAUCUUGGCUGUAGUAGCUAUGGCCUAUGAGGAGCAGAGCCAGGCCACUAUAAAGGAGACAGAGGAGAAAGAGGAGGAGUAUAGGGCUAUGAUGGAGCAGCUGGCACAACAGCAGGAAGAAGCUCAGGUGGCAGCAGCUGCAGCUGCUGCAGAAGGCGAGGGGAUUGGAGACAAAGGUGGAGGCACCGAGAGCUCGUCUGGCGCCUCCAAGCUCAGCUCCAAAAGCGCCAAGGAAAGACGCAACAGGCGGAGGAAAAGGAAAGAGGAAGAGGGAAAAGGAGCUGAUGGGAACUUCCCUAAAUCAGAUUCCCAGGACAGCAUAAAGAAAGCUCGCUGCCGCUUCUCUGUGGAUGCAAACCUUCUCAACUAUGACAUGAAAUGCUCAACUGCACAUCAGUCCUUUCUGAGUUUUCGUGGGCCCUUGUUCUCACCCAGACGGAACAGCAGGACCAGCAUUUUCAGUUUCCGGAGCCAAGCACAGGACGGGGGCUCAGAAAACGAGUUUGCCGAUGAUGAGAACAGCAUUUUUGAAGACAACCUGAGUCGGAGGGGUUCUCUGUUUUUUCCCAGCACUCGAGAUCGACAGAGCAGCAGUGUGAGCCAGGGCAGCUUUUUUUCCAGUUUCUUACUUCAACCCAAUGGAAUCAAACACAGCUCUGUAGACCGCAAUGGGGUUGUGUCUCUGGUGGGAUGGAAUUCACUGCCAUCUUCACCUGUGGGGCUCGUUCUGCCUACAGCUGACACCACUGACACCGGUGGAGGACUAAACCCAGAGUGUAUGGACUUCCUUGAGGGUCCGGAGACCAGACAGAGAGCACAAAGUGUAGCUAGUGUCAUAACAAGCACAAUGGAAGAGCUCGAAGAGUCAAGGCAGAAGUGUCCUCCUUGCUGGUAUGAUUUUGCCCACACCUUUCUCAUCUGGGAAUGUUGUCCAACAUGGUUGAAGAUCAAGAAGUUUAUUAACCUCAUGGUAAUGGAUCCAUUUGCUGACCUGACCAUCACCAUCUGCAUUGCUGUCAACACGUUGUUUAUGGCUAUGGAGCAUCAACCAAUGAAACCAGGAUUCUCUGAGAUGCUGAGUGUAGGCAAUCAGGUAUUCACUGCAAUCUUCACAGCAGAAAUGGUCCUUAAAAUCAUUGCCAUGGACCCAUAUUAUUACUUCCAGAAGGGAUGGAAUAUUUUUGAUGCAAUCAUUGUCAGCUUAAGCUUGAUGGAGCUUUUUUUGGCAAAACAGGGCGGGAUGUCUGUCCUGAGGUCGUUCAGAUUGCUGCGAGUAUUUAAGCUGGCCAAAUCCUGGCCCACUCUCAACACCCUUAUCAAAAUCAUUGGUAACUCUGUGGGGGCAUUGGGCAACCUGACGCUGGUGCUGGCCAUUAUCGUGUUCAUCUUUGCCGUGGUGGGCAUGCAGCUGUUUGGAAAGAACUACAAGGACUGUGUGUGUAAAAUCUCUGCAGACUGCACUCUGCCCCGAUGGCACAUGAAUGACUUCUUCCAUUCAUUCCUCAUUGUGUUCCGAGUGCUUUGUGGAGAGUGGAUAGAGACCAUGUGGGACUGCAUGGAGGUGUCCGGGACGACCAUGUGCAUCAUUGUGUACAUGAUGGUCAUGGUUAUUGGAAACCUUGUGGUUCUGAAUCUGUUCCUGGCCCUGCUGCUGAGUUCAUUCAGUGCUGACAAACUGGAAGCAAAUGAAGAAGACCCAGAGAUGAACAAUCUGACGAUAGCCAUCGGACGGAUUCAAAACGGCAUCGCCUACGCCAAGUCGGCGCUUCGAAGUCACUACAGCCGCUGUUGUCUCAGGUAUACAAAGAAAGGAAAGGGUGAGGACAAAUCUCUGGAGGAGCUGCAGAAAUCUUUGGGGCCGAACGGCGUCCCCAACCACACCAUUAAAGACUUCCCCAGGAAUGGAAAUGCGGAUGUUACCGGAGUGGACAAAAAUGGAGACAAGUACAUAGUGAUCAGUAAAAGCGAUGAUUCUAUCAUGUCUUUCAUCAACAAUCCCAGUCUGACUGUGACUGUCCCCAUCGCUGUGGGCGAGUCGGACUUUGAAAACCUAAACACAGAAGAUUUCAGCAGCCUCUCAUCAGAUGCAUCUGGGUCGGAAAAGUCUCCUGUCGACGACGAUGGUCAGUUUAGCUCCUCAGAAGGCAGCACAGUGGACGGGAUGGCAGGGGCAGAAGGAGAGUCAGAAGACGCCGAACUGGAAGAAGCCAUGGACCCUGAUUCUUGCUUUCCUGAAGGCUGUGUGCAAAAGUACAAGUGCUGUCAAGUAAACGUAGAAAAGGGUUGGUGGAAGAUGUGGUGGACACUUAGAAAGACAUGUUUCCGGAUUGUGGAGCACAACUGGUUUGAGAGCUUUAUCAUCUUCAUGAUCUUGCUCAGCAGUGGAGCGCUGGCAUUUGAAGAUGUCUACAUUGAAAAGAGGAAGACCGUUAAAACGGUGUUGGAGUUUGCUGAUAAAAUCUUCACCUACAUCUUCAUCCUGGAGAUGCUGCUGAAAUGGGUUGCAUAUGGAUUCGCCAAGUAUUUCACCAAUGCCUGGUGCUGGCUGGAUUUCCUCAUUGUUGAUGUCUCCCUGGUCAGUUUAGUUGCCAAUUCCAUGAACUACUCUGAUCUCGGUCCCAUCAAGUCUCUAAGAACACUUCGAGCUCUGAGGCCGUUGAGAGCCUUGUCGCGGUUCGAAGGAAUGAGGGUGGUUGUCAACGCCCUACUGGGAGCAAUUCCUUCCAUUUUCAACGUGUUGCUGGUUUGUCUCAUCUUCUGGCUCAUCUUCAGCAUCAUGGGAGUCAACAUGUUUGCUGGGAAGUUCUACCGCUGCGUUAAUAAAACUAACGAUGAGAUUUUUCCUGUGGACAUUGUGGCAAAUAGGUCACAGUGUCUUAGCCGUAAUGACAGUCGCUGGAGGAAUGUCAAAAUCAACUUUGACAAUGUUGGCUACGGCUAUCUUGCAUUGCUUCAGGUGGCUACAUUCAAAGGAUGGACAGAUAUCAUGUAUGCUGCUGUGGACUCUCGAAACAAUAUCGAUGAUCAGCCAGACUACGAGGUCAACCUGAAAAUGUACAUGUACUUUGUUGUUUUCAUCAUAACUGGAGCCUUCUUCACACUUAAUCUCUUUAUUGGUGUCAUCAUUGAUAAUUUUAAUCAACAAAAGAAAAAGUUAGGAGGUCAAGACAUCUUCAUGACCGAAGAACAGAAGAAGUACUACAACGCCAUGAAAAAGCUGGGGUCAAAGAAACCACAAAAACCUAUCCCAAGACCAUCAAACAAAAUUCAAGGAUACAUCUUUGACCUGACCACGAAACAAGCUUUUGAUAUUGUCAUAAUGGUUCUAAUAGUGCUAAAUAUGGUGGCCAUGAUGGUGGAAACUGAUGAGCAGUCACCAACAAAGAUUGAUGUUUUGUGGUGGAUCAAUAUGAUUUUCAUCAUCGUCUUCACUGGAGAGUGUUUGUUGAAGAUGAUCUCGCUUCGUCAUUACUUUUUCACAAACGGAUGGAAUGUGUUUGACUUCAUUGUGGUUAUCCUUUCAAUCAUUGGCAUGUUUCUUUCAGACCUGAUCGAGAAGUAUUUUGUUUCGCCGACCUUGUUCAGAGUCAUCCGAUUGGCUCGAAUUGGCCGUGUCCUCCGCCUUAUUAAAAGUGCCAAAGGAAUCCGCACGCUGUUAUUUGCCUUGAUGAUGUCACUUCCUGCCUUGUUUAACAUUGGGCUCCUGCUCUUCCUUGUGAUGUUUAUCUAUGCCAUUUUUGGCAUGUCGAAUUUUGCAUACGUCAAGAGGGAAAGAGGCAUCGACGAUCUUUUCAACUUUGAGACGUUUGGCAGCAGCAUGAUCUGUUUGUUCCAGAUCACCACCUCAGCAGGAUGGGACGGCCUACUAGACCCGAUUCUCAACAAACUCCCGGACGAUUGUAACAGAACCAAGGAGCAUCCUGGCAGUACUGUUGUGGGAGACUGUGGAAACCCUCCUGUGGGAAUUGCCUUCUUUGUGAGCUACAUCAUCAUCUGUUUCCUGAUUGUUGUGAAUAUGUACAUUGCAGUCAUCUUGGAAAAUUUUGGUGUGGCAACUGAGGAGAGUGCAGACCCCUUAAGUGAGGAUGAUUUUGAGAUGUUUUAUGAGGUCUGGGAAAGGUUUGAUCCUCAUGCCACACAAUUCAUAGAGUACAAGAAGUUGGAGGAGUUUGCAGAUACUCUGGAUCCACCAUUGCGCAUAGCAAAACCCAACAAGCUUGAACUAAUCUCUAUGGAUCUACCAAUGGUGAGUGGGGAACGCAUUCACUGUCUGGACAUCCUGUUUGCAUUUACAAAACGUGUUCUGGGCGAGGGUGGAGAGAUGGACAUUUUAAGGGGCCAGAUGGAGGAACGUUUCAUGGCCUCCAAUCCUUCCAAAGUGUCCUACGAACCCAUCACCUCCACCCUCCGUCGCAAGCAGGAGGACAUGUCAGCCACUGUCAUUCAAAAAGCCUACAGACAGUAUGCAAGCAGACAUGUUGCCAUUAAGUCCCCUGACUCUUCCAGUGAUAACAAUCAAAAGGAUGGAACAAUCAUUGACAAUGAGGAUCUUGUCACAGACAGCCUCAAAAAAAAUUCUAGCGCCAGUAAAAGUGAACUGACACCUCCAACGGCCCCUCAACAUGCAUGUAACAGCGUGACGAUGAAUGGAAACAACAAAUAUGAGAAAGACAAAAGUGAAAAGGAGGUUGUGGGCAAAGAUGUCAGGGAGCAAGAUAUGUAAAUGAGUACUGGAGAUGCAUCAAGGACAUUUUUAUUAUUGACAAAAUGUUUACAACCUACCAACGUGACAAGAUAUCCACUGGACUCCCUUCUUUUGCACGGAUAUCUAUGCCAAACAAACCCUGCUCCCUUGAGCUUUAACAGCUCAGUAAGGCUGACUUGGGACAAUUUUGGCUAUUUUAGGAGCAAGGAUAUCUUUUAGGCUGUUGAAAUGUAUAAGUGUUCUUAAAGAUGCAUUUGUUGAUGCUAAAACUUCU